AUGCCGCAGCUUUCACGAAGUCGUACUCUUACAGGCUGUGGAACCUGUCGCAAUCGCCAUGUAAAAUGCGACGAAGCCCGCCCCAUCUGCCACAACUGCCAGCAGCAGGGCCUGGCAUGUCUGGGCUACGAGCGUCAGUUGAACUGGGCGGGCGAUGACAAGGACCGAGUAUUCCGUCGUCCCCUCUUCUCUGAGGCAGAGCAACAAAAGAUGUCGCAAUUGACUAUGGACGGACUCGGCAAACAGUCUGCCGGCGCUGCCUUGGCUAAGCUUGAGCUUGAAAGUGUGCAAGACAACUCAUUUAAAGGCCCUUUUGGAGUUCUGGUGUUUUCUGAGGCUGCUGAAGAUACCAAGCAGGAUGAGCCCCAGCUCGACCAGACUGAGGCGGAGCUAGAGUGGGAUCUUCUCUGGCCAGCCAUUGCAAGAGACACUUCUAUGCUUGAUGGGCUAUACGACGUCCCUGAAGUCGGACUUACGGACUCUUUUCUGAAUGUUGAUCCCGAAACUCUCCUUCCUUUGGACCUCACACAUCAGUCCCCCUCUCUGUCAUUUACCCCCUUCCCGUCUCUUGAGAUCUCGGGAAGUACCAGCGUACCCCCCGAGGCCGCCGACCUACUGCGGUAUUUCAAAGAGAAUGUCAUUUCACUAUCCUUCCCUCUGAAGAACUGCCAGAAAUGCCCCUGGCAGGCAGUCCACCUCCCAGCUGCGAUGAGCGCAUUUGCAGAGCUCAGCAUUCACCAUACCACCAGCCACACCAGGCUGUCACUCUUCUACUCUCUACUUGCUGCUAGCUGUCUCCACAAGUAUGCACGCGAUCAGUCCGCCAGUGGCCUGGAGGUAUCAGCGAAUCGGUUUAAAGGAGCCGCCAAACAGCAUCUUGAAUUAGCCCUGAAUGAGGAAGUCCUAGGUUCCCGUCGGGCCAAGUAUAAGGAGAUCCUAAUGGCCGCUCUAUCGAUGGUGAUGCUCUCAAUAUUCAACGGCGAAAACUCCAGCGCGCAAGCAUUCCUCGUUGACGCAGAGUAUCUCAUUCGCAUCCGCGGCCUCCCCAAACCACACAAGUCUCUUAAAGUCCGCUCCCUGCACCACGUUUACACCUUCCUCCGUAUCAUGGCCGAAAGCACAUGCGGCUGCGCCCUGCUAGACAUUUGCCCCGACCGGCCCAGCGCCAGCCUACUGUCAAUCGAGCCAUCCCCAGACUCCCUCCGAAGUUUCCGCGUAUCGAAUGACGUCCUAGACGCUGAAAUCGAUAUCACUCUAGCCAAGGGGAAUAAGAUCGGCUAUAAUGAUAUCCAUCUAGAGGUAAUGGGGCAGUGGGACGAUACACUUUUCCCGGAUAUCUACGGAAUCCCAGAAUCCCUUAUGACCCUUCUGUCGCAGGUUAUCCGUCUAGCGAACGAGCAGGAGUUGCUCCACCGGGGAGGUCCAACUGUGGAUGCACGCAUCGCGGGAGAAUUGAAAAGGCGCGCGAGCUUGUUAGAGCAGUAUAUCCUCUCGUGGGAGCAUUCUCCCAGAUCAAAAUCAGUAACGGUAAAGGGUGGUCAAGAUAGGGCGAUAGGUCAGAAUCAGACGGCAAGCCAUUUUAUGGUUCAGGCCAUGCACCAGGCUCUAAUUCUCUUCUACUAUCGACGCGUCCCUAAUAUCAGUGCCUUGAUCCUGCAAGAUACCGUCCGCAAAUGUCUGGAUUUUCUGACUCGGUACGAUACAGCGCGGCUUGAGGAAAGGGUGGCUCAGUCUGACUCGGCGAUAUUAUGGCCUGGGUUCGUCGCGGCCUGCGAGGCGCUGGAUCCUGAGCUGCAGACGGGUCUUCUAGAUUGGCUGGUAGCAACAGGGCAUCGUACAUCGCUGGGACCAUUUUCUGCUGCAGCUGGGACGGCGCAGUGUGUUUGGAAGGCACGGUCAGAGAAGAAUGACUAUACGCUGAGUUGGUUUGAUGUGAUGAACUAUGAACGGUGUCCAAUUAUUGUGACAUGA